AUGGGUAUUGCAGGCCUCCAUGGCCUUUUGAAAUCUAUUCAGAAACCAUCCCAUAUCAAGAAAUUCAAAGGGAAACCCCUAGGGAUCGAUGCUUACGGUUGGCUUCACCGAGGAACCAUUGCCUGUGCUAUUGACUUAGCUCUCGGCUAUAAUACUACCAAAUAUGUCGAGUUCGCCAUGCAAAGAGUUCGUAUGCUUUUAUACUAUGGUGUGGUUCCUUAUCUCGUAUUCGACGGUGGCAGGCUGCCGAGUAAAUAUUCCACUGAAAUUGCAAGAGCAGAGCGUCGAGAAGAGAGUAAGAUACUAGGCGUCGAACUUUACCGAACCGGCCAUAUUUCCCAAGCUCAACAACAACUGCAGAAAGCAAUCGAUGUCACACCGCAAAUGGCACGAUUGCUCAUAGAAGAGUUAAAGAGGUUCAAUAUUCAAUAUCUUGUUGCACCAUAUGAAGCCGAUGCGGAGCUGGUGUAUCUGGAGAAGGAAGGGAUUAUCCAUGGAAUACUGUCGGAAGAUUCUGAUAUGCUUGUUUUCGGCGCAAAGCUGCUCCUAUCAAAACUUGAUAAGCACGGCAAUUGUGUUGAGAUUAAUCGAAAAGAUUUUCCAGCUUGCCGAGAUAUCAAUCUUGUCGGGUGGACCGACCAGAAAUUCCGUCAAAUGUGUAUUCUCAGCGGGUGUGACUAUCUCCCUAACAUUCCCAGAAUAGGUUUGAAAACAGCAUAUCGAAAUCUUAAAAAGUAUAAUACUAUCGAGAGAGUUGUGAAAAUUUUACAGUUUGAAGGGCGGUCCCUCGUACCUCCCAACUACAUGGAUCAUUUUGACCGUGCUGAACUCACUUUUCUUCACCAACGUGUCUUUUGCCCUACGGAAAGGAAGCUGGUGCCACUCAAUCCUUUGCCGGAUAAUCUUGAAGGAAACAUUGCCUUUAUUGGCGAUGAUAUUGAAGCCGAUAUUGCAAUACGAAUAGCGUAUGGUGAUUUGGACCCGAUCACUAAGGAGCCGAUUUGUAUUCAAUCAUUACAUUCAGAGAGAGCAAGGAUGGCCUCUACAGGAAGACAGGUAUUUAGUGUUCAAAAACGACCAAACAAACCUAUCGAUUCAUUUUUUACUCCCAAGCGAGUUCCAUUAGGUGAAUUGGACCCCAAUAUCCUCACACCCUCCCCCAGCCAGCAAGCGCUUUUGGACCAAAGCCGUGGCAUUUCCUGGACCGCAACGCCAAUAUCGAUCUCCCAGAGUUCUCCGGCGGCUCCAGGGUUCCAGCUUCCAGCUCGUGCCAUACAGAUCGUGCCCUUUUCGUCCCAGGCCGGAAAUUCGACCAGAUCUCCCCCAGUUAAAAGACAGCGCCUGUGUUCUGACGCGGACCAGAGAGCGUCUGUAGAGGAACACAGUCACUUUUUCACUGAUUCUGCUCCUUUUCAGAAUGCUGGUCGCGGCGCAAUAUCCUCCAAGAGGCGAAGAAGAACAGAAGUCGAAAUCUUUUCAGAUGAUAGCAUAGAUAGAGCCAUGCUCCAAUUGGACAACAUAACGAAAAACGCCACAUAUAUAUCAACGUUACAUCGUGUGAACUUGCGGAGAGUUGAGUCUUCAAACGCCACAGGCGAAUCACGGACACCAAUCGUCCCAGGUAAAUGUACAGCUUCAAGUCCAUGCCAUGCGAUGUCGAUCAGUCAAACGCAAACAUUGAGGACACUACCAUCCAUGGAGAAAAGCCCUUCACCUAAGAAGUUCAAUCCGGCAUCGGCCACUCAUAUUCCCCGAGCAAGCCACAGAGAUGCGACGCAGUCUUCCGCAACAUCACCGAUCAAAGCAUAUAAUAUUCCAACGAACCAAAUUAUCACAAAUGACGAAGCGAGAUCCCAAACCGAAAAAUUGCCCUUGCAUCACGGAACGACCUGGCAGGUUCCGAGGAGGGAUAAACAAGUCCGCAGCCUCAACUUGACUCCUCUUCAACGACUGCAACGUACCGCAUUGAGCAGAUCCAAAUCUAUGAAUUUCACGAAAAGAGAGGCACUCAACCUAGGGAAAGAUGAGCCAGGCUAUACUUCAGAGUGUUCAGUUGCCAAGCCAACAGCAGCCAUUGACAUUCCCUAUCACCCUGUUGCUACAAGGGGCAGUGAGGAUUCGAUCAUCCCAAGCACAGACAACGAGAACGAUUCUCUCUCGGACGAAGGUGAGUGCCACAGAUUUGGCUCUUCGGAUUUGAGGCGUUUUGAAUUCAAACCGAAAUGA